AUGACCCAGUUUACAUUAAUUCCAAAUCAUAAUCUAAUACCUUCAAUUACCGUCUUUGAGUAUAAAAACCUCCACCCACAUCCCCUUUCUCUCAUCUCCGCAUUUGUUUGGCCUCCCUCGCCAACCGUCGCUAUCGUUCACGGCAAGUCUCUCGAUUCCUCCUCCCUCGCACCUCUCUCAUUCCCGGCGUCAAUGUCUUCCAUUCUCAGCGAAGCUAUCAGAUUGUAUUGCAGCAAAAGGCGGUAA